GCCCGGCGGCGAGAUGAUCCACGAGCUGCUGCUGGCGCUCAGCGGUUACCCGGGCGCGGCCUUUACCUGGAGCAAGCGCGGUGGGCUGCAGGUGUCCCAGGAAUUGCCGUUCUUACACCCUAGCGAGACCAACGUUCUGAACCGCCUCUGCCGCCUCGGUACCGACUACAUCCGCUUCGCCGAGUUCGUGGAGCAGUACACGGGACACGUGCAGCAGCAGGACCAUCACCUAUCUCAGCAAAACCAGAGUGGAUUGCAUGGCAUUUAUUUGCGAGCAUUCUGUACAGGUCUUGAUUCAGUGUUGCAGCCGUAUCGACAGGCACUGCUUGACCUGGAACAAGAGUUUCUGGCUGACCCACAUCUUUCCAUCUCGCACGUUAAUUAUUCCUUGGACCAGUUUCAGUUACUCUUCCCAUCCGUGAUGGUUGUGGUGGAACAGAUCAAGACUCAGAAGAUUCAUGGAUGUCAGAUACUGGAAACUGUCCACAAACAUAGCUGUGGGGGGUUGCCUCCUGUUCGCAGUGCUCUUGAAAAGAUUCUGGCUGUGUGUCAUGGAGUCAUGUAUAAGCAGCUCUCUGCCUGGAUGCUGCAUGGAUUGCUACUAGACCAACAUGAAGAGUUCUUUAUCAAACAGGGCCCUUCUGGGAAUAUCUCUGGCCAACCUGAAGAUGAUGAUGAUGACUUAGGAAUUGGAGGACUGACAGGAAAACAGCUACGAGAGCUGCAGGACCUGCGCUUGAUUGAGGAGGAGAACAUGUUAGCUCCAUCUCUGAAACAGUUUUCUCUGCGAGUGGAGAUGCUGCCAUCCUACAUUCCUGUGCGAGUUGCUGAAAAAAUCUUGUUUGUGGGAGAAUCUGUACAAAUGUUUGAGAAUCAAAAUGUUAACCUGACCAGAAAAGGCUCCAUCCUAAAAAACCAGGAAGACACUUUUGCAGCAGAACUACAUCGACUCAAGCAGCAGCCACUCUUUAGUUUGGUAGACUUUGAAUCUGUGGUUGACUGGAUACGGAGCACAGUUGCUGAGCAUCUUUGGAAACUCAUGGUGGAGGAAUCUGACUUACUAGGACAACUGAAGAUUAUAAAAGACUUUUACCUUCUGGGAAGAGGUGAACUGUUUCAAGCCUUCAUUGACACUGCACAGCACAUGUUAAAAACACCACCCACAGCCGUAACAGAACAUGAUGUCAAUGUUGCAUUUCAGCAGUCUGCUCAUAAGGUACUGUUAGAUGAUGACAACCUUCUUCCUUUGCUUCACUUGACCAUUGAGUAUCAUGGAAAGGAGCAUAAAGAUUCUUCUCAGACUCGUGAAGGGCCUUCCCGAGAGCUGUCUCCACGUGAAGCCCCCACAUCUGGCUGGGCAGCUCUGGGCCUUUCUUACAAAGUUCAGUGGCCACUGCAUAUUCUCUUCACUCCUGCUGUUCUGGAGAAGUACAAUGUUGUGUUCAAAUACCUGCUCAGCGUGCGACGGGUCCAGGCAGAGCUGCAACACUGCUGGGCUCUCCAGAUGCAACGUAAACAUCUGAAGUCUAACAGAACUGAUGCCAUCAAGUGGCGUCUGAGGGACCACAUGGCUUUCCUUGUGGACAAUCUUCAGUAUUAUCUCCAGGUGGAUGUACUCGAAUCUCAGUUCUCACAGCUUCUCCAGCAAAUAAAUGCCACACGAGAUUUUGAGAGCAUACGACUGGCUCAUGAUCAUUUCUUAAGUAAUCUGCUGGCUCAGUCUUUCAUCCUCCUAAAACCUGUUUUCCACUGUUUAAAUGAAAUCCUGGACCUUUGUCAUAGUUUUUGUUCUCUGGUAAGUCAGAAUCUGGGACCGUUAGAUGAGCGUGGAGCUGCACAACUCAGUAUUCUGGUGAAGGGGUUCAGUCGUCAGUCAUCACUGCUCUUCAAGAUUCUCUCGAGUGUUCGAAACCAUCAAAUAAACUCUGACUUAGCUCAACUGCUACUUCGUCUGGAUUAUAACAAAUAUUACACACAGGCUGGAGGAACCUUGGGCAGUUUUGGGGUUUGAGCACUAAGACCUUUUCCUCAAGCUGCAACCAACAGCAGAGUGAGCAGUGAAGCCUGCGCAGUUGGCUCUUGCCUAGGGAAGCACUGUCAAAACGAACUGGCAGGAAGCACCACCUACCUGCAGCUGCCCAGUGAUUACAGAAAGCUUCUCCAUCUGUUCAGAACUAGUACAAAUAUGCUUUCUGCAGCCUUCAUACACUCGUAAGUGCUUCCAGAGAGGCAGUCUAUGCUUCUUCAAGAAGUGGGGAAAAAAAAACACAGAAGCACGUUUUGGCUGUUCAGUUGGACUGCGACGCUUGGCAAGCUGGAAUAUGCAGGAAGCAGCCUGUUGUUCUUGACCAUGAAUGAAGUUUUAGCUUUCUUCAGAAACUGAACUUGUCUGUUGUAAACCAGUUUACUGCAUGUGUGCUAAUCAAAUACCUUCAUGUAAAAGAAACAGCUUCAAUAGCUUUUCGAAGUAAACUGGAAUGAACAGAGUUUAAGAAUAUUUUUCUUCUACAGUGCACUGUUCCAGCAUAUCAGUCUAGUUAAGUUUUACAGAGAAAGCAUGCAACAAUGCUAGCCCAUUCCUUAGUAUAUUUUAACAUGCUGGAAUUAUUCACACCUGUUAAUAUUUGCACUGUUCAAAGUGCAGAUCUCCCUCUGGUGACAGAAAAAGGUGCUAGAACUAAAGCUAGGGACAAACUUUAGACAUCAUAUGUACCCUGUAUAUAUGUAUAUAUAUACACAUGGUACCCUGUUAUAUGUACCCUGUUGUCAUUCAAGGCUAUUUAGAAUGCUGCUUGUGACUAAUGUACUGAACCAAAAUAAAUCUUUGGCAUGCACUUAUUUUUCCCUGCACCUCAGGCUCCCAGCAGUUUAUUCAUCCUAGUUCCCUUUUCAUUUCCACUUUUGUAUUGCCUGUCUGUGCUGAGGUGGGUUAAUGCCUGUAUAGCCAAAACAGGAGGGAAGAAAAAUAAAAAGUAGCCAAAACAAAA